GGGGUGCUUUCAUCUUAUUGCUCUCGGUCUCACGCAUCCGCUUAAAUUGAUUAAUAUUUCGGCCUUCAAAUCGGUGUUUGCAAGUGGCAAAAAUCGCGUAAUCCGUCGGUAUAGUACCAAAGUGCCCUGCCCAAGUUGCCGUUGCAUGUGGUGCAGCAGUCCUGUGGAAGUUUGGCACCAUCAGGAGCGAGUGUUGCACCGGUAGUUGUUCGAGACAUUUCCGAUGGCGUAACAAGAAGGAGUGACCAUUUAGUAGUCGUCGCCUUUUUCUUGCUUGAUUCAAGCUUGGCAGUGUUUUCUGUGUGUGCUGUCGAUAAUCUGAGGUCUAAGGAUCAAAAAACAUCAAUAAUUUUAAGUACUAUAGCCGGUCUUUUGCUAUUGGAUUAAUUCCUUCGCCACAAAUCCUAGGGCUGCUCGAUCAGCCUGCGUCACACGAUGUCAACUUUUGACGUGUUCGACCGUACCGCAUGGUAUUUCGGUCCCAUGUCCCGCCAGGAUGCGACCGAUCUGCUAAUGAAUGAACGGGAAAGUGGAGUGUUCUUGGUCCGAGACAGCACAACCAUCGUCGGAGAUUACGUUCUGUGCGUACGUGAGGAUUCGAAAGUCAGUCACUACAUCAUAAACAAAAUCCCCUCGGCAGAUGAUUGCUUCAUGUUUCGGAUUGGCGAUCAAACUUUCAGCGAUCUGCCAGAUCUACUAACGUUCUAUAAGUUGCACUAUCUGGACACGACACCGCUGCGGCGACCGGCAAUUAGACGAUACGAGAAAGUGAUAGGGAAAUUCGAUUUCGAUGGAAGCGAUCCGGAUGAUUUGCCAUUUAGGAAGGGCGAAAUCCUUGAAAUCAUCAACAAAGACGAGGAACAGUGGUGGACUGCACGAAACGGUAAGGGUCAAACUGGCCAGAUUCCAGUUCCAUAUGUCACGCGGUAUGAGGAGAACAUUAUCGAGAGGCCACCAAAUGCACCCGGUGCCGGAGGUCACCACCAUCCGCCACCACCGGUUGGCUUGCACCACUCGGAAAAUUCCAACAUUUUCAGAUCGAACCUUAACCGACAGUUACCGGCACUGGCUCGGGUAAAGCAGGAACGAGUGCCCAAUGCCUAUGACGAUACGGCUCUGAAGCUGAACGUCGGCGAUGUGAUCAAGGUGAUCAAAACCAACAUCAACGGCCAGUGGGAGGGCGAACUGCGCGGUAAGGUAGGUCACUUUCCUUUUACCCAUGUCGAGUUUAUCGAUGACGAAGUUCAGCAUUGGAGCGGACAUUAAGUGCUGGCAGGGAGGGGUGAGCACAGUUAGGAUCAUUUAUUGCUCUUUUAAUUUCAUUGUGAGGAAUUAUUAUUUAAUUGUACAGAUUAUUUUAUGCUUAGGGAUGUACGUUUCAAGUCAUUUAUGUAUUUUAUGUUUAGUGGUAUAUCAACGUAGGCAGCCGUAUUGCAGGAUGGUUGAGUUUACUUGGUAGGUGUAUUAUAGCGUUAACAAAGUGUUUUAUAAGUCAGUCAGCGGCAAAUUUAUUCUAAAGUAACAAGAUUGUGAAACACCCAAUUUAUACAUUUAUAACAGUCAGCAAAGCGAAACAAUAGCAACAAGCAGUAACCAGCCAAUUCCGGGGGAAAAUCGAUAUAUUUAAACUAAAUGUGUAAACACAUGCUAAACAGUAUAAGAUUAAAAGUAAUGCCAAGAAAAUAGUCAAUAUAACUGAAACUCACACAACAACUAAGGUUUAACAAUUUGCAACAUCUCAAUUUUUAGGGUUACUGUUCCUAUAUUGGUCAUAUAAAUGAAAGUGUGUGUUGGCGAACCUGCGUUUAAAGCAUGGGUUCAAUAAAGGCGGCAACGCAUAGGAUCAAUAUAGAAGAACCUUAUCCUCUACCAUUGAAAUCUCGAAGAUGAAAUUGUGUUAACAAAAUUGGAUUUUAUUUCGACGAUUAUCGAGCACUUUGAAAUAGUAGAGUUGAAUAAAGGAUGUUCAUUGACUAAGUAUUUAGGGAAUGGGCUUCGAUGUUAUUAAACAUACUUGCUUUUUCGGGUGAAUUUGUUAUUUAAAUGUAAAAGGUUUACGAUUAAUCAACAAUCUAAAAAUCCCAGUUAAAGCACUGUUUAAAUACGAUAGUGAAGCAAUAGAGUCUCUUGCUCUACCAUUCCCUAUCAUACAACAGUCAGUUUAUCAACAAUUCUUGUCUUGGCAAAGCAAAAACAUGGCAGUAGAACAUAAUAAUCAACCGAACAACGAUUCCAGCAUAAUCAAUAUUUGAAGUUGAACGAUUGCUUCUCAGUCUCAUUUCCAUCAUGUCUAUCUAACAGUAAACACAAAUCACUGGAACUGGAAGCAGAAGAGUGCUUAAGCGCAAAAAGUUUAGAUUCCGUUCAAACCAAAUUCGUUUCGAAUAAGUUCGAAUAUUUGGGAGUGCCUCAUAAUGUCGCCCGGCAUAACGCCGUUUGGCAUAACUGCCAUUUGGCAUAACUGUCAUUUGGCAUGAAUGCAAAACAAAUGUUUUAUCGAACAUGACUGUUUUUCAUCAUUAUCCGUUAUUCAGAAAAUAUGCUCAUGCUCAAAAGGGUGGGGGGCUAGGGGGUAUCUUAUAAAUGAUUAUUUUUCCCUUCUUUUGAUCAUGAGCUGUUGCCAGAAUGGACUUUAUGCCAAACGGAAUUAUACCAAACUGUGGUACUCCCGAAUAUGGCUAUAAAGCUAUAUUACGUCUAGAAACUAUGUGAAAACUUUUUUCAGUGACAGACACACUGUCAAAUAAAUAGGUCUGUUCCCGUACUUGCUUUUCUGUAAGAUUGUGUACAACAAAAAGCAAACGGAGGAUGUUCCAGUACUUGCCGCACCAUAUUAUUUUCUUAAAGCAACUUACAGAAAGCUGCGGCAACUUACAGCAAAAGCAAAAAAGCAAGUACGGAAACAACCUAUUUUCUGACAGUGUGCCUCUUACUGAAAACAGUUUUUACAUAGGGUAAAUGACGGAUUCGGCAAAACCUUAACCUAUAAUCGUCAGGGAGUAAACAACGUCCUUGAUAGCUCAAUUUUGGUAUGUGGAUACAUUAUGUGUCAGAGCAUCUAUUGGGCAAAUUUGAGUGCUAUAGGACUUUGUUUAACCACUUGACGAUAAUAGGUUAAGGUAUUGCCGAAGCCGACAUUUCAUCUAUUUUCUAUUAGGAACGCACAUAAUAUUUUUCCAGUACCAAAAUUAAUUGUUUUUUUUUAUCUGAAAUGAAUUUUAUGUGAGUAAUCAUAUAGAUUUCAUUGGACACAUAAAGUUCAUGUGAUUUAGUGGUGCAAUUUGUGAAAUUCACAUGGAUAUGUUCCACUGGUUAUGUGAUUUAUUUUAUGAGUGCUUACCAAUUGUACAAGCACAAUCCUUUACAAUCGUUCAGUGCAAUCAAAUGAAUAUCAAUCAAAUGGGUUUCCAAGCAGAUAACGAAUCCGAACUGCAAAACAAGUGGGUCCACACAACACAGCAAAACUCCGUCGGCAAAAUGUCCAGCCAAACCUCAAAACUAGAAACCCUUCCUAGUGGUUGUUCCCGGUCAAGUAGAGAUUUUGUCGUUCGUCGAAGAUACCCAUCUGGCAUCUCCAUUAUAAUCGGUAUUAUACCCGUAGAAUAACAAGAGUAAAUGAAAGCCCACCAAAUUAGAUAGCUCACAGAGCUCAGGUUUGAAAUGAUGGUAAACCAAUUUCCUUGCUUUGCAACCGAUUCUUUUGUAACAUUUCCGCUUAGGUUUGCGCGAAACAUAACGGAUAUUUUCUAUCGGAGACGGAAUAGUUUUAUAACGGAAAACAGAGAAAGAGAGUCUAUUCAAUAUUCUAAAACAGAAGUGAACUCAUAUAUAUUUUUACGAAACUUUUUUGCAAUGAACAGAUGUGUAGAGGUAUUUUUGAGGAAACUCGUACAAUUCCUAAUUUAGUAGACUUCCAUAAGGCUUGUUUCACUGCACAUAUAGGAAAAUGUUGUAUAAUUUAUAUAAACCAUAAUUUGAAUCGUGUCUAACAAUCGCAUUACUACUUCGUAGGUCCCGAUGAUUUUUCGUCAAACUGAUGUGUAACUGUAUGUGGGUUCAUACUAUAGAAUGCUUAGACUGAAUUAUUCGAAAUUAUUUAGGUACUCUCUGUUCGCAAAUAAACCCCGAGAUUGCCAAUGAAAUGCGAAACCUAAAACACAAACACAAUUAUAGAUGUGCAAUACAAUAGAACACACACACACAUACAUACAUACUCACACACAUGUGGGAAAGGCGUGACAAAAACACAAAAUCUUAGUGAGUAAGUUUUCUGAAGGCUGAAUCGAUCUAAAUGAAUACUAAACUUUAAUUGUUUUCUUGAAACCCCCCAGUUACACAGUGUAGUACUAGGAAGCAAAUCAAUAGCGUUACUAACGUGUUGAAGAAAAAUUCUUUCCCAUUUGAACAGAAGAAAACCACGCUCUAUCAAUAGUUUAGCCGAAAAAAAAAAAAUACAAAUAAUUCAUUCAGGAAAGCAAGAAAUACUAAAAACCAACAUAUAUUUGUAGCUUAUAGGGUUUAGUUUAUGCUCCACGUAUGAAAUUACUGCUCUAUAUAUAUAUGAAAGAAAAGUUUAUUUAAGAGAAAAGAAGAGAUGCAAAUAUCUAUAAACAGAAGCAUGAUAAAAGAAGUAAUGGAACGGAACUAGUGUUGAGAUUUAUGGAGUGACGGAAACCAAUAAUUAGUAAACAUCUUGUAAUAACUGAAAUAGCGAGGCAGGAAAGUGCAUGUAAAAUUUAAAAUUCCAAAUCUUUUGAAUUAUAUAAAAAAAAAAAACGUCAUGAAAAUCUUCGUAUUUACCUAAACAAAAUAUCGAACCACGAUUUAAUACAACAACAGAAGAAAAUAGGUACAUAGUAUAAUCAACAGCUACAUCCGAUGAUAACCAAAACUCGAAGGUACUACCGAAAAAUAAAGUCUUCAAUCAAAUUGCUUAAAAUGAA